UAAUAUUAAUUUGGUUCCUUGCCCUCCUCCGUCUCCAGCUCUCGCCGCUUUCUUCUUCCAUUGUCACAAAUCCUCCUCAUUGCUCUUAUCGGAACCUUUCCUCAUUAUGCUCAUCCACCAUUACCAGAGCUCUAUUGUUUCAUUUUCCUGUUCAACAAUCAUCGGAACUAUUCUCACUAUUAGCAUCAUCGUCGCCAACUGAUAUUGAUUACACCAGCUCUGGUGACGUUUUUGAUUACACGGCCGUGUGAAUUUUGGUAAAUUUUCUUUGUUUCUCCUCUGUGAUUUCUCCAAAGAUGGCUGCUUUGAAAGGUUAUGGUUUGUGUUCUAUGGACUCUGCUCUACAAUUCCCCUGCCCAAAGCGAUUCGAUGGCUACAAGAGAAGGAGCUCGAAAUGGGUCUCUCCAAAAGCAGCCGUUGUGCCCAAUUUUCAUCUCCCAAUGCGCAGCUUGGAGGUUAAAAACAGGACAAAUACAGACGACAUAAAAGCUCUACGGGUGAUCACAGCUAUCAAAACACCGUAUCUACCUGAUGGAAGAUUCGACCUUGAAGCCUAUGAUGACUUAGUGAACAUUCAGAUACAAAACGGCGCUGAAGGUGUUAUCGUUGGAGGUACGACUGGUGAAGGACAGUUGAUGAGCUGGGACGAACACAUUAUGCUCAUUGGCCAUACCGUUAACUGUUUUGGUGGAAGCAUCAAAGUUAUUGGAAACACUGGAAGCAAUUCUACAAGAGAAGCCAUCCACGCCACUGAGCAAGGAUUCGCUGUUGGAAUGCACGCCGCUCUUCACAUCAACCCUUACUACGGCAAGACUUCCAUUGAGGGUCUAAUCGCACAUUUGCAGUCAGUUCUUCAUAUGGGACCGACCAUUAUAUACAAUGUUCCUGGUCGAACAGGGCAGGAUAUACCGCCCCGUGCCAUCUUCAAACUUUCUCAGAACCCUAAUUUGGCUGGUGUGAAGGAGUGUGUUGGGAACAAGCGGGUCGAAGAGUACACUGAGAAUGGAGUUGUUGUGUGGAGUGGGAAUGAUGAUGAGUGUCAUGAUUCAAGAUGGGAUUAUGGAGCUACCGGAGUUAUAUCGGUUACUAGUAAUUUAGUUCCAGGUUUGAUGAGGAAACUGAUGUUUGAAGGUAGGAACUCGUCUUUGAACGCAAAGCUUCUACCUUUGAUGGCUUGGCUAUUCAACGAGCCAAACCCAAUUGGGGUUAACACUGCUUUGGCUCAGCUUGGAGUGUCAAGGCCAGUUUUCAGGUUACCGUACGUCCCAUUGCCUCUGUCCAAGAGGCUUGAGUUUGUGAAACUGGUGAAGGAGAUCGGCCGAGAGCAUUUUGUGGGUGAGAAAGAUGUGCAGGCUCUUGACGACGAUGAUUUUAUUCUUAUCGGUCGAUAUUAGUAUACUUCUUUUUCAGGAUCUUUGUUCCUUUUGUUUGGUAUUUAAUGGGAAGAAGAGAUGGUUCUACUAUCAUCUGGUUUUAUGUAGCUGAUGAAUAAAACUCAUGGAAUGAUUUCAUCAUGUUUUGGUCUCUCCUUGUUAUGUUCUA